UCUGUCAUGGAGCUGUAACAGUAUGGUAGAGGCUGGCUAUGCGUAGGUCGUCUUGUGGACUAAAAAGUAAAGUGGAGAGGGACUGAAAAAGUCUGAAAAGUCAGAGAACCCAAGUGUGUGGAGCUUGGCAGGUGAACAUCAGGAAUGGGGACAGUCCCAAACGACAUCAGGAGGCUUCUGGACGACUGCGAGACGUUCCUUGCAGAGAUCCUUCAGGAUGAGAACCUCAGUGAAGACGGUCAAGAGGCCCGAAGGAUCUUACUGAGUAACUUCAGGGUAGUUCGUGGCAGAAACCCUCAGGAAUUCCUCUUCCAGUCGGACUACAGGGAAGAAGAAGGCUCUGAUGACAACCGCAGCUCCAGCCUGGGUCGCUCUGCCCCGUCGGACGAUGCUUCGGUAGCCUCUGACUACCAAGACGAUGGAGGUGCUGAGUUUUUUGAAGACAUCCCCCUUGUGGCAGCUCAGGAGCUCAACAACAUCUUGAAACAAGGCUACUUGGAAAAGAAACGAAGAGAUCACAGCUUCUUCGGCUCCGAGUGGCAGAAGCGAUGGUGCGUCCUGAACAAUUCCAUAUUUUACUACUUUGGGACCGAUAAAGAUAAACAGCAGAAGGGCUCAUUUUACAUCAAUGACUACGGAGUACAGCUGGUGGCCAACCUGAGAAAAGACUCCAAAAAAAAUGCCUGUUUUGAGCUGUCUGCCCCCGGACGGCGAGCCUUCCAGUUCACUGCCAGCAGUCCUCAGGAGGCCAGAGAAUGGGUCAACCAGAUUAAUUUUGUACUAAGAGAUCUCAGCUCCAGCUCCAUCCCGGUUGACGAUGACGAGGAGGAAGAGGAGGAGGAGGAGGAGGAAGAAGAGGAGACCUAUGAUGACAUUGAGGGGGUGACCGCCGGCCCACCCCCGCCGCGGCCGCACGCUGCUGCCCAGGCCCCUCACGCCGUCAAACACGCGAGAAGGCAGGAGACGGAGGAGGUGGAAGAGGAGGACGAGGAUAUCUAUGAGGUGCUGCCAGAAGAAGAUUUUCCAGAUCCGACAGACGAGGUCACCGAGAUGAACUGCAAACAAGCUUGGUCAUCAGAUUACGCUAACUACUACCAGGGUUUAUGGGACUGCCAUGCCGACGAGCCGGACGAGCUGGCCUUCCAGAGAGGAGAUCUCAUCUACAUCAUUAGCAAGGAGUACAACAUUCACGGCUGGUGGAUCGGAGAGCUGAACGGCACCGUCGGCAUCGUCCCCAAAGACUUCCUGCACCCGGCCUACAUCCUCUGAGCUCCGACA